GUCGGUAGGCGGGAAAUGGCGACUGGCUGAAGGAGCUGGUUCUGUCGCUGCUGCGGGCUAAGAGGGAAAGACACCACACAUUGCGCAGUCAGGACCAUCGCCGGAGCCUGAGGACACUUCUCUGUCGUCACAGUUAGUUUUACAUGUGGCACUCAUAAAAGAUGAGGCUGAGAACACGGAAAGCUUCUCAGCAAUCAAAUCAAAUCCAAACACAACGCACUGCCAGAGCAAAGAGGAAAUAUUCAGAGGUUGAUGAUAGCCUGCCCUCAGGAGGAGAAAAACCACCGAAGAAUGAAACUGGCUUGUUGUCCUCAAUUAAAAAAUUCAUUAAAGGAAGCACACCCAAGGAAGAGAGAGAAAAUCCUUCAAAACGGAGUAGAAUUGAACGUGAUAUAGAUAAUAAUUUGAUCACCUCAACACCAAGAGCCGGAGAAAAGCCUAACAAACAGAUAUCUCGAGUAAGACGGAAAAGUCAAGUAAAUGGAGAAGCUGGUAAUUAUGAAAUGACAAAUCAACACGUAAAACAAAAUGGAAAAUUAGAAGAUAAUCCUUCCUCUGGCAGUCCUCCAAGGACUACAUUGUUGGGGACCAUAUUUUCUCCUGUCUUCAACUUUUUUUCACCAGCAAAUAAAAAUGGAACAUCAGGAUCAGAUUCCCCAGGACAGGCUGUGGAAGCUGAAGAGAUAGUAAAACAACUUGAUAUGGAACAGGUGGAUGAGAUCACUACCAGUACUACUACGUCAACUAAUGGAGCGGCUUACUCAAAUCAAGCAGUUCAAGUGAGGCCAUCAAUAAAUAAUGGAUUAGAAGAAGCAGAAGAAACAGUUAAUCGUGAAAUCCCACCCCUUACAGCACCAGUAACUCCAGAUAGUGGUUAUUCAUCAGCUCACGCGGAGGCCACCUAUGAAGAAGACUGGGAAGUAUUUGACCCCUAUUAUUUCAUCAAACAUGUUCCACCACUGACAGAAGAACAACUAAAUAGGAAACCUGCUCUUCCAUUGAAAACAAGAAGCACACCAGAAUUCUCCCUAGUUUUAGACUUGGAUGAAACACUAGUACACUGUAGUCUAAAUGAGCUAGAAGAUGCAGCACUUACUUUUCCAGUCCUUUUCCAAGAUGUCAUUUAUCAGGUUUAUGUGAGAUUAAGACCGUUCUUCAGGGAGUUCCUGGAACGAAUGUCUCAGAUGUAUGAGAUCAUUCUUUUUACUGCUUCUAAGAAGGUGUAUGCAGACAAGUUACUGAACAUACUAGACCCUAAAAAGCAACUGGUCAGGCACCGGCUUUUCCGUGAACAUUGUGUUUGUGUACAAGGAAACUAUAUAAAAGACUUAAAUAUCCUUGGAAGAGAUCUUUCAAAAACUAUAAUAAUUGACAACUCACCACAAGCCUUUGCAUAUCAGCUUUCUAAUGGAAUCCCUAUAGAAAGUUGGUUUAUGGACAAAAAUGACAAUGAACUCCUAAAGUUGAUUCCAUUUCUGGAGAAGCUUGUAGAACUGAAUGAAGAUGUCCGACCUCACAUCAGAGACAGAUUUCGCUUGCAUGAUUUGCUGCCCCCAGAUUAAGUACAAAAACUUGUCAAAUCACUGAAGGGGGAAAGAAUGCAGGACCCUUUUGGACUAAGACAAAAACAUUGCCAUUACUGUUGAAAUUUUGCAUUUUUGUACCCCGUCUUGCUUUUCUUAUCUUUGGUGCCCAAUAAUAAUCAAGGGUUACAGAAAGAGACUUUAUCUAUCUCAGAUUGAAUACAUACAGUAGGUAGGCUAAAACAGAAGAGUCUUUAGAACUAGUGCAACUCCAGUGAAAUUUUUUUAUGUACAGACAUCUGCAGUUUAUAAAGAAUUCUGUUUCUGCCACCAGCAGUUUGACCUGUAGUCACACAGGAUUUUAUGAUAAUAACAGAGAUGAAAAUGGACUUUUAUUUUCUCUCUGUUUGGUGCUCUAAGUGGGUUUGUAGCCACUUUUCUGUUACUUUACUAUUCUCAUUUCAACAGGAAUGGCCAGUAAAAGUUGUUUUAUUUUUCCUGUUAAGGUUUAUAACCUUUUUACAUUUUUGACCUGUAUUAGAUUAGAAUUUCAUUAUGCAUUCCUUUUAGUUGAGGCGCUUCAUAGUUUCCUGGAAAUAGUCAAUUUUUAGGUUUUUUAUUAUACAUUUGAAUGGCCGUUUUCCUGCUUUGUCUGCCUGCAUAUUGUAUAUUUGUUUAAAAAUAUUCUCUACUUUUAGUCCAUGUAAGUUUCAUUUAAAAAGACAUGCAUUUAUAUUUUGUUUCUGUAAUAUUCUACUGUAGGUAAAAUCUUUUCAAAAAUCAAGAGACUGGGUAGAUAAGAUAUAUGAAUGACUAAUAUUCAAAAGAUUUAAACCAUUGUGAUGGCUUGUAUUCCUAAAUGGUAAUAUCUUGCAAUGGCACACAGAUUUAUGGAUAAAGGUAUACCUCAGACUUCACUGUGCUCACCAAUCUUUGAGGAGAAUGAGUUUGGUCACCUGUUGGGCUUGAUUUAGUUACUGCUGCCUUUGGUUUUCUCCAGGAGUGAAGUAUUCAGCACAGUGAUUCAGUAUUUUUAGUUACUUUGCAUGGGCUGGUAGUACCUCUGUUAUGCUCUUGGUUACAAUCAAUUUUAAAACUCUGUGUAACAGUCUUGGUACCUAACAGUAGCUAUGCAUAAUCCUGUGGCACAGUACACUCCCAGGCCACCAAUGCAGUUAAUAUGCUCUCAUAGUGGUUUUCUAUGCUAUAUGAAAAUAGUCUUCAAGCCUUGGUUCUCUAAUGCAGCUACCACAAGAGGUCAAUAUUUUUAUAGUGGUGUGUAAUCUCCUUUUCGGGAGGCUUUUUAUGGAAGGUAGAAUUUGUAAAAGUUAGUAUGCUUUGCCUCUCGACUGCAUUAACAUGCCACAGGCUCAGACUGUUUUUGUGUAAAGGAUGUCAAAGAACGGCACUUUUUCUAAAGAGAAGUUUGAUAUUUUGUAUGCUUGUUAAGAAAGUACAGUAUUGGAAAUUAAAGGUGGACAACUGAUAA